AUGGCAUCUGUUAGCAUGGCGCUGAGUGGUAAAGGAGGUCCAUGCAAGAACGAUGGCGACUGUAUAAGAUGUUUGAACGGCAAGCCGUUGAUCUGCGAUCAACCCGCGGAUGGCUCUCCGUUCGUCUGUAAAGUAGCCGGCGGCGCCUGCCAGCCGCCCUAG